AUGUUUACGGCUGUUUACGCAUGGACUCCUGCAGGAUCUGCCUUGCAAGCCCUGGAAGCAAUGAAGAGCAAUCCAGGAACCAAGAAGGGCACAUGGCUCAGCAAAGACAAGUGGGUUGACAAGAUCCUGGAGCUCAUGGAGACCGUGGAUGACUACAUUCCAACCCCAGAGCGUGACACCGACAAGCCAUUCCUUUUGGCUGUGGAGGACGUGUUCUCAAUCUCAGGACGAGGAACUGUGUGCACUGGCCGAGUUGAGCAGGGUAUUGUGAAGAAGGGUGACGAGGUGGAGAUUUUGGGCCGUGGCAAGAAACCUCAGAAGUCCGUGAUCACCGGCAUUCGAAUGUUCAACACAGAUCUCCCAGAAGGCCCAGCUGGCUACACGGUCGGCGUGCUGUGCCGUGGUAUCGAGAAGGAUGCAGUGUUCCGUGGUCAGGUGAUUUGCGCACCAGGUGCCACGACAACUCACACCAAGUUCAAGGCCAACAUUUACUUUGCAAAGAAGGACGAGGGUGGCCGAAACAACCCAGUGAUGCCUGGAUACAUGCCUGUCUUCUACUUCCGCACCUGCGAUGUGACCGGCAAAAUUGAGGGCAUGACCAGCUCUGAAGGAAGUGAGGUGCAGAUGGCCAUGCCAGGAGAUGACGUCACCUGCGAAUGCGAGCUCAUUGCCGCCACCCCCAUUGAGAAGGGCAUGCGCUUCGCCAUGCGGAUCCAAGGGGUUCAAGGGGUUCAAGGGGCCCAAGGGGUCCAAGGGGUCAAAGGGGUCAAAGGAUUGAAAGAGUUCAAAGGGGUCAAAGGG